CGUGCUCGUGGCGGUGGCGUAAUUCUUCGCCCUCUUUGCGUCUCCUCUCCUCCGCCUCAGUUGGGGGCGGGUCGGGAGAAUGGCUUCGGAGAUGGAGUCGUCGCUCGAGGCAAGCUUCUCCUCCAGCUGCACGGUGUCCGGGGGCUCGGGGUGCCUGCCUCCGGCCCGCUCCCGCAUCUUCAAGAUCAUCGUGAUCGGCGACUCCAAUGUGGGCAAGACGUGCCUGACCUACCGCUUCUGCGCCGGCCGCUUCCCCGACCGCACCGAGGCCACUAUCGGGGUGGAUUUCCGAGAGCGAGCGGUGGAGAUUGAUGGGGAGCGCAUCAAGAUCCAGUUGUGGGACACGGCAGGACAAGAGCGGUUCAGGAAGAGCAUGGUACAGCACUACUACAGAAAUGUGCACGCUGUCGUCUUCGUGUAUGACAUGACCAACAUGGCUAGUUUUCACAGCCUGCCAUCUUGGAUCGAGGAAUGCAAACAGCAUUUGCUGGCAAAUGAUAUACCACGGAUUCUCGUUGGAAAUAAAUGUGACUUGAGAAGUGCCAUUCAGGUACCCACAGACUUGGCACAGAAAUUUGCUGACACACACAGUAUGCCUUUGUUUGAAACCUCUGCUAAAAACCCCAAUGAUAAUGACCAUGUGGAAGCUAUAUUUAUGACCUUGGCUCAUAAGCUUAAGAGCCACAAACCAUUAAUGCUUAGUCAACCCCCUGAUAACGGAAUUAUCCUGAAACCUGAAGCAAAGCCUGCAGUGACAUGCUGGUGCUAAAUAACAGCUUUAUUGCACUAUCUCAUUUUGACUAAAAAUGCUUUUGAAGAAUGACAGUGAUAAGUCUUAAGAUUUAAUCUCAAAUAUAAUGGAUCAUCCUGACACCUCACUGUUAUCAGUGUCAUGCUUACUUUUGUAUUGUGUAUCCACUUAAUCAAGUUUGUCACUGUGACAACACAAGGGAAAAGUUGGUUUUGAAGUGAGAUUGAAAAUGAAGCAAGGCUAGGAGGAAUACCAGCUCUUCCCAUGGAGAGCCCCAUGAAAAGGCCUCCAGGGAGCAAUGCUGGAAGUGCCAGUCAGGAACCCUUCCAUCCCACGCUCCUGGGACUGAAAAAGAAAAUCUGUUCAGGAUACACCUCCUGAUGUAAGUCUGGUGUGAGGGCAAAUGCUGUGACUUCACAAGGUGCUUUAUACUUUAUUUUAUCAUCUUUAAGCAGCAAAAAAUGAAUUGAAAGCAUCUGAGGAGUUGUAACUUUGGGGUGGGGUUUUGGUGACAGGGGUUGCUAGUAUUUCUUGUUUCCUGUCACCCUGAGCAACUUCAUGACUAAGUGCUGGGUGAACUCAGCUUGCGUUUGGAUUGUAGCUCCGAGGGCAUUGCUCUAAUUGAUUUGAGUCUGUGUGUAUUUCUGUAAUAGUAUUGUGUUAUCAAUUUUUAAAAUGUUUGAAACUUAUGGUCACAAUAAACAGUUCCUCCUCAGUGUGAAAAAAUAAGUUAGAUAUCGUCUGUUCCCUCGGUGAUGGAAAGAAUAUUUCAAAAUUUUUUGCCCUAAGUAUUUUAAUUUUGAAUUUAAGACUUUGCACAUAGAAAAUAGCACGCUUGACUAUGAAGCUAUUUACGUGAAUGGAAUAAAAGCCAUGGACUGAACUGCAGUGUGCACAUAAACUGAUUCUGACACUUUGCUGCCCUUGAUAAUUUUAGAUGAAAGUAAGCCAAAAAGAUGAUUGUACUUAAAAUAUUUUCACAAUGUGGAAAACCAAUUAAACAUGUCCUCUAAUCUAGUUUAGGAUUUUCUGUUUAAUCAUUAGGGUGAUCCUAACUGGAUAAUUUAGUUACAAAAAAAACAAAAUCAUUCUAUAAAUAAACUAAAUGAAAGUAGUGAUUAUAAUAAAUAUUCAGCUUUAAGUAUUAGGGCUCAAAUUGGCUUUAUUUGUAUUUAAGAUUAAUCCAUUUUUCUUAAUCAUGCUGGAAUUAAAAAAUAAAAAUCCUUUUACCUUUAUCUAAAUUAACAUUGAUUUGUAACUAUUUUUAUAGUAAAACGACAGCUGGAGUAGUUGUGAUGGCUGUAGUAGUUUUUUAAAGAAGGGAAUCUGUUGCUUUUCAGAACAUUUCCUAAAGUGGGGGAAGAAAAUUUAUAGACUUUCCAAGCACAUUUGUGUUUUUUUCAGUACUGUUAUUAUGAUUUUAAAAAGAAGUAAUUCAACUUUCUUUUUUGUAAGAAGUUAGUACUAAGUGUCCUUUAUACUUCUGUGAAAGGACUUAUUUUUUCACUUUAAUAAUUUAUUAAUUUUAAAAUAUUUGUAUCAUUUGCAACAACUUAUAUUUUAAUUUUUGGUAUGUUAUCAGUUGAAUGGGGAUAAAGCUUUUAGAUAUUCCAAAAUAUUUAUAAAACAUCUUAUUGACUGUUGAAAUCACUUCCAAAAUGGUGACUAUCUAAUAACUAAUUAUAAAUUUUUUUAAGCACAAAUCACACAUUUUGUAAGUCUGUGAAUUUAUUUUAACUCUCACUUCUAAUUGAUAUAUCAGGUAUGUCUUAGAAAAAUCUUUGAGAACACCAAAGGAAACUACCCCAGAAUCUUAUGUAGUUUGUUGUUAACAAUGCUUUAAAAGUAUAUUGCUAAUAACAUAUUUCCUCAAGAAAUCUAAAGUUGAAUAAUUUUAUUGUAGAAAAGUAUGUUACAUUUAUCCAUGAAGUUCAAUAAAUCAUCUUUGUUAUGAA